AUGUUUGAUCUUAUGUAUUCCAGGCUUGAUCGUCUCUUUAUUUUACUGGACACUGGUACAACACCAGUAACAAGAAAAGCAGCUGCACAGCAACUUGGGGAAGUAGUGAAACUGCAUCCUCAUGAACUGAAUAAUCUCUUAUCUAAAGUCUUAGUGUAUUUAAGAAGUACGAAUUGGGAUACUCGUAUUGCGGCUGGCCAGGCUGUUGAAGCAAUAGUGAAAAAUGUACCUGAGUGGAAUCCAACUCCGAAAUCAAAACAAGAACCAGGCUCAGAAAGUCCUAUGGAAGAUUCACCUUCAACAGAUCGGUUGCGUUUUGACAGAUUUGAUAUAUGUCGGUUGUUAAAACAUGGUGCAUCUCUUCUUGGAUCUGCUGGUGCAGAAUUUGAAGUCCAAGAUGAUACAUCAGGUGAAAUUGAUCCUAAAGAGAGGAUAGCACGACAGAGGAAACUGUUACAAAAGAAACUUGGCUUAGAUAUGGGUGCUGCAAUUGGGAUGAAUACUGAAGAUCUGUUCAAUGAUGAAGAUCUGGACUAUUUGCCUUCUUCAGUUUCACUAGUAAACAAACAACCUACUCUUCAGGCUGCUGAGUUAAUUGACUCAGAAUUUCGAGCUGGUAUGAGCAGUAGACAAAAGAAUAAAGCCAAAAGAAUGGCUAAGCUAUUUGCGAAGCAAAGAUCCAGAGAUGCAGUGGAAGCUAAUGAGAAGAGCAAUGAUAGCACUGAUGGAGAACCGGAAGAAAAGAGAAGAAAAGUUGCAAAUGUUGUCAUCAACCAGCCUGCCACAGAUUCAAAAACACUGAUUGAAAAUGCUCCAGAAGAGGCAAAUGAAUGGCCCCUGGAAAGCUUUUGUGAAGAGGUGUGCAAUGAUCUCUUUAACCCUUCUUGGGAGGUUCGACAUGGUGCAGGUACUGGACUGAGAGAGAUACUUAAAGCUCAUGGUAAAAGUGGUGGUAAAAUGGGAGAUAGCACUUUAGAAGAGAUGAUUCAGCAGCAUCAGGAGUGGCUUGAAGAUUUGGUUAUUAGACUACUUUGUGUAUUUGCGUUAGACAGAUUUGGAGACUUUGUUUCAGAUGAAGUGGUAGCACCAGUACGUGAGACUUGUGCUCAGACUUUGGGAGUAGUACUGAAACAUAUGAAUGAGACUGGAGUUCAUAAAACUGUGGAUGUUCUCCUGAAGCUGCUUACACAGGAACAGUGGGAAGUGAGACACGGUGGUCUCCUUGGAAUAAAGUAUGCUUUGGCAGUACGUCAGGACAUGAUCAACACUUUAUUGCCUAAAGUGUUGCCUGCAAUAAUUGAAGGUCUCCAAGAUCUGGAUGAUGAUGUCCGAGCUGUUGCUGCAGCAUCUUUAGUACCAGUAGUGGAAAGCCUGGUCCAACUUCAGUCUCAGAAGGUACCUUUUAUUCUUAACACAUUGUGGGAUGCACUUCUGGAGUUGGAUGACUUGACGGCUUCCACAAACAGUAUCAUGAUCCUUCUUUCCUCCCUUCUGACUUAUCCUCAGGUUCGCAAAUGCAGUAUUCAGCAGUCACUCACAGUUUUGGUCCCACGUGUGUGGCCGUUCUUGCAUCAUACUAUAUCUUCUGUGCGAAAAGCAGCACUGGAAACUUUAUUCACACUGCUGUCUACCCAAGACCAGAGCUCUUCGACAUGGCUGACUCCAAUUCUGCAAGACAUGUUGAGGCAUAUAUUUCAAUUUUGUAUCUUGGAAAGCAACCAAGAAAUUCUGGAUCUUAUUCACAAGGUAUGGCUGGAACUGUUAAACAAGGCAUCUGUACAGUAUGUGGUUGCAGCUGCUUGUCCGUGGAUGGGAGCCUGGCUCUGCUUAAUGAUGCAGCCUUCUCACAUGCCCAUUGACUUAAACAUGUUGCUCGAAGUAAAAACCAGAUCAAAAGAAAAGGCAGGUGCUAAACUGCGUCAAGGUCAAACCCAGAAUAAGGAAGUGAUUCAGGAAUAUAUUGCUGGGGCAGACAGCAUUGCAGAAGAUCCAGCAACCAGGGAUUAUGUUGUCAUGCGAGCUCGGAUGAUGGCAGCAAAGUUGCUGGGAGCACUUUGUUGCUGCAUUUGUGACCCAGGUGUAAAUACUGUUACUCAAGAAAUAAAGCCAGCUGAAUCAUUAGCUCAGCUACUGCUUUUCCACUUGAAUUCUAAAUCUGCCUUGCAGAGGAUUAGUGUUGCGUUAGUAAUCUGUGAGUGGGCAGCCUUGCAAAAGGAGUGUAGAACUGUGGCCAUUUGUGUGCAGCCUCGCUUACUUGGGGUUCUUUACGAACAUCUCUAUUACGAUGAAAUUGCUGUUCCUUUUACACGAAUGCAGAAUGAAUGUAAACAACUCAUCUCGCUGUUAGCUGAUGCACACGUUGACAUUGGAAACAGAGUAAACUGCAGUGUAUUUACAAUAGAUCAAGCUAAUGAGCUG